AUGGAUUUCCAGAAACGAUCUUCCUCCUCGUCCCCGGACGCGGAUGUGGCAGAGAAGCAAAUUAGAGACGAAACAAUAUCGCCCAUAGAGAGCCAACAGGGCCUUCGUGGCGUCGAGGAUGAAGACCACACUCGUCUUCACCGAGGCCUCAAGGCGCGCCACAUAACUAUGAUUGCGAUCGGUGGCGCUAUCGGGACUGGUCUGAUUAUCGGAACUGGCAAAGCCCUGGCACAAGCAGGCCCUGGCUCGAUCUUUAUCUCGUACACCAUUGUCGGAUUCCUUGUCUACCUUGUCAUGUGUGCGCUGGGAGAAAUGGCCGCCUGGCUGCCGUUGUCGUCUGGCUUCACCGGUUACGCCGCCCGAUUCUGCGAUCCUGCCCUGGGGUUUGCUCUCGGUUACACGUAUUGGUUCAAGUAUAUCAUAGUAACACCAAAUCAAUUGACGGCUGGGGCACUGAUCAUCCAGUACUGGGUGGACCGAGACCGCGUGAAUCCCGGAGUGUUCAUCGCCGUCUUUUGGGUCGCGAUCGUCUGCAUCAACUACUUUGGCAUUCGCUUCUUCGGCGAGUUCGAGUUCUGGCUCUCGACGAUCAAGGUCAUCGUCAUCGUCGGUGUCAUCAUCUUGUCUCUCGUGCUCGCACUGGGCGGUGGGCCGGACCAUGACCGCAAGGGGUUCCGGUACUGGAACAACCCCGGCGCGUUUGCAGAGUACAUCGAAGACGGCGCCACGGGACGAUUCCUUGCAUUUUGGUCGACGGUCGGGACAGCCACGUUUGCCUACCUCGGGACUGAGCUGGUGGGCGUCACGGUCGGCGAGGCGCAGAACCCACGCAAGACCAUCCCGCGCGCCAUCAAGCUGACCUUCUACCGGAUCAUCUUCUUCUACUGCCUCAGCGUCCUGCUGCUGGGGAUGCUGGUCCCCUACGACAGCGAGGAGCUCGCGUUCGCCAACAAGGCGUCGUCCUCGGCGUCCGCAUCGCCUUUUGUCGUGGCCAUCAAACUGGCGGGCAUCAACGCGCUGCCGGGAAUCCUGAAUGGAUGUAUCCUGCUCUUCGUCUUCUCGGCGUCCAACUCGGACCUGUACAUCGCGUCGCGGACCCUUUAUGGACUGGCGCGCGAGGGCCACGCACCGCGCCUCUUCCAGCGCACCGACGCGCGCGGCGUGCCCAUCUACGCCCUCGGCUUGUCCGCCGCGUUCGCACUGCUGGCCUUCAUGAACGUGUCGGACGACUCCAAGACGGUGUUUGGGUACUUUGUCAACCUGACGACCAUCUUCGGCCUGCUGACCUGGAUCUCCAUCCUCGUGGCGCACAUCUGCUUCGUGCGCGCCCGCCGCGCCCAGUCCGUCCCGGUCACCUCGCUGGCGUACACCGCCCCGCUGGGCGUGCCCGGCUCCUACGGCGCCCUGGCCAUGUGCAUCCUCAUCGCGCUGACCAAGAACUUCUCCGUCUUCGUCCGCUCCCCCUCCACCUACGGCGACUUCGACUACAAGAACUUCAUCACGGGCUACCUCGGCAUCCCGCUCUACAUCAUCAUGAUUGUCGGGUACAAGCUGUGGACGCGCUGUCCCCGCGUGAUCCCCGCCCACGCGGAUCUGUGGACCGGCAAGGACGCCAUCGACCGCGAGGAAGAGGAGUUUUUGGCCCAAAAGGCCGCGAGGGACGCCGAGGGGAAGAAGCGCGGCGGUUGGUUCUACCGCACCUUUGUCGCGUGGUUGUUUUAG